CGGGAGCAGCCGAUUGUGCUUCGGAGUCUCAAAGAUGUCUGCGCCCGGUGCAAUGUGACUCUGGCAGGAGCAGGGUUUCGUGCUGUGAAGUCUGUCAGAGAGCUAACCCGCUUCAGCUUAGCAAGGGACACCAUGGUUCGUCUGUCCUCUUUGCUGCUGAAGCAUUACCACGGAGGCCACGUUGUCAUCAGGCUGGCCCUGGGCGGCUGCACCAACCGACCCUUCUACUGCAUCGUAGCGGCUUACAACAAGAGAGCCAGAGACAGCAAGCACCUGGAGCAGCUGGGCUCCUUCGACCCGCUCCCCAACACCCACAACGAGAAGCUGGUCAGCCUGAACUUCGAGAGGAUCAAGUACUGGAUUGCCUGCGGGGCACAUCCCACCAAACCCGUAGCAAAACUUUUAGGCCUGUCGGGGUUCUUCCCCCUGCACCCCAUGACCGUGACCAAGGCGGAGCGAUUGCAUAAAACAGAGGCGCAGAAAGAGGCCCUCGGGGCUUCCGAAGAAGGGAGCGAGGAGACCAGCGAGAGCAAACCAGAGGCAGCUUAGCCCUGGACUGCAGAUCCAAGACGCUUCACGUUUGGAACCUCAGGUCGAAGCAGAGUGCGUGGCGGAGGAUUGAGAGGCUGGGUCCCCAGUACAGCACAGAAAGUGCCACCUCAGAGACUCCUAUUGCAGAGCACUUUCACCCAUUCCAGGUUUUAGUGA